AUGAACUACGUGGUGACUUGUGACCCCAUGAACGUGCAUCAUAUUAUGAGCAAGAAUUUCGUCAACUACGUAAAGGGGACUGAGUUCCGUGAAAUUUUUGAAGCUUUGGGGGAUGGGAUCUUCAGUGUGGAUUCAGACUUGUGGAAAUACCACAGGGCUCUUCUCCAUUCAUUAUUCAAAUCCGAAAGUUUUAAGAAUUUUCUUGCAAAGAGAGUGCAAAAGAAGGUGCUGAGCUGUCUCUUUCCUCUUCUUGAUCACAUGGAAAAGCAAGGAAUUGAAGUGGAUUUGCAAGAAGUGUUCAAUCGCUUCAAUUUUGACAUCGUUUGUUCCACAAUCUUAGGAUGUGACCCCAAAAGCCUCGCUGUUGAUUUACCAGAAGUUGCAUGUGAAAGAGCUUUUAGUGAAGUGGGGGAAUCCAUAUUCUAUAGACACAUAGUACCGAAAAGCAUUUGGAAGCUUCAAAGAUGGCUUGGAAUUGGAGCAGAGAAGAAGAUGGCUGAAGCAUGCAAAGUUUUUUUACCAGUUCCUCCGAGGAAAUAUAGCAUCGAUGAAAGAAGAGCCAAGCAAAAAGAAUGA